AUGCCUAUUUCCCCAGAGAGCAGCACAAUUGGGUACCAAAUCAGGCUCAAAAGGUCCGGUAGAAACAACUUCCAUUUCCAUCAUCUUCAUCGCCAUCAGCUAGACCCAGCAGCAGCAGCCGAAACAGAUCCCAACCCACAACUCUCUCGCCCUCCCAAAUCCACCACCUUCUCUUCCCUCUUCAUCUCCCCAUUCUCUGCCAACUCAAGCGAACCCACCACAAUCACCAUCGCCAACAACAGUACUGUCGGCGGCAAGAAGAAGGGAACUGCUACCUUCAGAGGCUUGGGAUGCGCUGUUGGGGCUGCCCGUUAG